CGCCGCGGCCGCCACUGCCGCGGGGGCGCAGGGGCUGAGGUGGGCGCAGCGCCGGCGCGACUUGGACUGGAAGCGAGGGGGCUGCGCCAGGCCCGAAGCCGAGGCGGGGCCGGGCCGCCCCCUCUGCUCCCGCCGGCCUGCGGGCCCGAGAUGCGGCGCUGAGGCCCAGCAUGGCUGGCCCGGGCCCCACCUUCCCGCUGCACCGGCUGGUCUGGGCGAACCGGCACCGCGAACUGGAGGCCGCGCUGCACAGCCGCCAGCAUGACAUUGAACAGGAAGACCCCCGGGGGCGCACUCCCCUGGAGCUGGCGGUGUCCCUGGGGAACCUGGAGUCUGUGAGAGUCCUCCUCCGACACAAUGCCAACGUGGGCAAAGAGAGCUGCCAGGGCUGGGCAGUCCUACAGGAAGCAGUCAGCACUGGGGACCCCGAGAUGGUGCAGCUCGUGCUCCAGUAUCGGGACUAUCAGAGGGCCACACAGAGGCUGGCGGGCAUUCCCGAGUUGCUCCACAAACUCCGCCAGGCCCCCGAUUUCUACGUGGAGAUGAAGUGGGAAUUCACCAGCUGGGUGCCCCUCGUGUCCAAGAUGUGCCCGAGUGACGUGUACCGCGUGUGGAAGAGGGGUGAGAGCCUGCGGGUGGACACCAGCCUCCUGGGCUUCGAGCACAUGACCUGGCAGCGCGGCCGGAGGAGCUUCAUCUUCAAGGGCCAGGAGGCGGGAGCCUUGGUGAUGGAAGUUGACCAUGACCGACAAGUGGUGCACACGGAGACGCUGGGGCUGGCGCUGCACGAGCCGGAAGCGCUGCUGGCCGCCAUGCGGCCCAGCGAGGAGCACGUGGCCAGUCGCCUUACCUCUCCCAUCGUCUCCACCCACCUGGACACUCGCAAUGUGGCCUUCGAGAGGAACAAAUGUGGUAUCUGGGGCUGGCGGUCUGAGAAGAUGGAAACCGUUAGCGGCUACGAGGCCAAGGUGUACAGUGCCACCAAUGUGGAGCUGGUGACACGCACACGCACGGAGCACCUCUCAGAUCAGGACAAGUCGAGGAGCAAAGGGGGGAAGACGCCAUUCCAGUCCUUCCUUGGGAUGGCCCAGCAGCACUCCUCCCACAAUGGGGCUCCCGUGCAGCAGGCAGCCAGCCCCACAAACCCCACAGCCAUUUCCCCCGAUGAAUACUUUGACCCCAACUUCAGCCUGGAGUCGAGGAACAUCGGCCGCCCCAUUGAGAUGUCCAGCAAAGUACAGAGGUUCAAGGCGACACUGUGGCUGAGUGAGGAGCACCCGCUCUCCCUGGGUGACCAGGUGACGCCCAUCAUCGACCUGAUGGCCAUCAGCAACGCUCACUUUGCCAAGCUGCGCGACUUCAUCACCCUGCGCCUGCCCCCCGGCUUCCCGGUCAAGAUUGAGAUCCCCCUUUUCCACGUGCUCAACGCCCGCAUCACCUUCAGCAACCUGUGUGGCUGUGACGAGCCCCUGAGCUCGGUGGGGGCGCCGGCGCCCGGCUCUGCCGUCGCAGCUUCAGGGAGCCCCUUCCCCUGUGAGGUGGACCCCGCCGUGUUUGAGGUGCCCGAGGGGUACAGCGUGCUGGGCACGGAGCGCAGCGAGCCUCUUCGCGACGAGGACGACGAUCUGCUACAGUUUGCCAUCCAGCAGAGCCUGCUGGAGGCGGGCACGGAGGCGGAGCAGGUGACUGUCUGGGAAGCCCUGUCCAACACCCGGCCUGGCACCCACCUUCCCCAGGGCACGGCUUUUGAGGAGCAGCUUCAGCUGGAGCGGGCCCUCCAGGAAAGCCUGAGGAUGUCCACCGAGACUGGGGGUCCGGGAUCCCCUCACAGGACACCCCCGGCCCUGGCCCCCCCAAGCUUUGAGGAGCAGCUCCGCCUGGCCCUGGAGCUGUCUUCGCGGGAGCAGGAGGAGCGGGAGCGGCGGGGGCAGCAGGAGGAGGAAGACUUUCAGCGCAUCCUGCAGCUCUCGCUCACGGAGCACUGAGUCCCCGGCCCCGGGGGAGGGCUCCCCACCCACUUUUAUAACUUAUUUAUUUAUAAACACUCUGCUGCUGAGCUUGGGGCCUGGAGCCCCGGGGGUGGGCCGGCAUUGGAGACAGAGAUGGAAAUAAAGACACCCUCAGCAGCA